UGGAAAUAUGAACAAGUGAGGGAAACCCAGAUUGAGAGAUCCACCCAUCCCUGGUGGCAGCAGAACGUGGGACAGAUAGGUUGUCAUCCUCAAGUCAAAUCUAUCAUGAACAGCGUGGCCAUGCCCUUCUGCAGCUUAUUUUCAUUGCAACAGGGCUUCUUCCGGAAGACAACCUCCUGAUGGACCCAGUGAGUUAGGAGCUGAGGGAGAGAACCAUUUGAGGAGGAGAGGACCAUCUACAUCUCAGAAUGUGCUGGGCCAGCCCUUUCUAUACUUUCCAGCCGCAUCCCAAAGGUACAUAGGAAGCUACCUUAUACAGAGUCAGACCAUUGGGCCAUCUCACCCAGUACUGUCUACACUGACUGGCAACAGCUCUCCGGGGUUUCAGGCAAGAUUAUUUCCCAACUCUGCUUAGAGAUGCCAGGGACUGCUUCUGCUUCUGAGCAGAUGUUCUGCUACUGAGCUUGGUAUCAUUCUAUUAUGUACCUUUCUAGGAGAUGCCAUUAAACUUCUUCCCAUGCCCAGAUCCUGCUCCUCUCCACCACCACCUGGUCCCUUCUUUUUCUUCAAGAGGUGUCUCCUGUGCGGCCUCAUCUCCUUUUCCUCCACUCUUCUUCCCCCUCUUAUUUUUCCUCUCUCUCUCCCUCCCUUCCUGGGCACUUUGUGAACUGCUGUUGCAAUGCCGAAGUCCAAAGUUCAGUAACUUGCCUAAGCACACAGAUAAAUAUGAACCUUGGAGAAUUUGCAUUGCUCCAAUGUAAACAGAUAGGCGAGGGUCCCUUUAUCAGCACUGACUCAGGACAGUUGUGGGGGGUCUGAAGCUGCUUUUUUUCCCCUCUUGGGGAAUUUUUUUGUUGGGGGGGGGUUUGCAAAGGCCGAACCUGCUGCCAUUUCUAUUCCGCUCCGACGGGUGGCUUCAGAAACAUGGUGUAGCAAACACGGGGAUCUGCGUCGAGCACGUCAGAAAAACCUCGGGCCUUAGGAGAAGCGGCCAGAACUAAAAGACCAUGGUUUCCAAACUCACUCAUCUUCAGGUGGAGCUGCUGGGGGCUCUCCUGGAAUCUGGGCUGAGCAAGGAGACACUGAUCAAAGCUCUGAUGGAAUCGGACCCCUACCCACAGCAUGGCGACAGCCAGCAGCGUACUGCCAGCACCAUCCAAGUUGAGAAAAGAGAACCCUGCACAGAACUCACGGCUCUUGCCAAUGGGAUGGGGGAGUCCAGGAUGUCCGAAGAGGAGACCUCUGACGAUGGAGAAGACUUCACUCCGCCAAUAAUGAAGGAGCUGGAAAACCUAAGCCCAGAAGAGGCUGCACACCAGAAAGCCGUGGUGGAAAGACUCUUACAAGAGGAUCCCUGGAGGGUAGCCAAGAUGGUGAAAUCCUACCUACAGCAGCACAAUAUUCCCCAGCGGGAGGUGGUAGACACCACAGGCUUGAAUCAAUCCCACCUCUCCCAGCAUCUCAACAAGGGCACACCCAUGAAAACUCAGAAGAGGGCUGCCCUCUACACCUGGUACGUCCGCAAGCAGCGAGAGGUGGCUCAGCAAUUCACCCAUGCUGGCCAGGGCAUAAUGGUGGAAGAUGCAAUGGGAGAGGACCUGCCGACGAAGAAAGGCAGACGCAAUCGCUUCAAGUGGGGCCCAGCUUCACAGCAAAUCCUCUUCCAAGCCUAUGAGAGGCAGAAGAAUCCCAGCAAGGAGGAACGGGAAGCCUUAGUGGAGGAGUGCAACAGGGCAGAGUGCAUCCAGCGCGGUGUAUCCCCUUCCCAGGCCCAGGGUCUGGGCUCGAACCUGGUGACUGAGGUGAGAGUUUACAACUGGUUUGCCAACCGCCGGAAGGAGGAGGCUUUCCGGCACAAGCUCGCCAUGGACAGCUACAGUGGGCCGCAGCCCGGAUCUGUGCCCACCUUGGGCUCUUCCUCGCUCCAGUCAGCAACGCCCCUCUCACCAAGCAAGGUCCAUGAACAAUCCCCUUUGCAGCAGCAACAGCAGCAGCAGCAGCAGCAACAACUCUCCUUUUCCGACUCUGGCAUGAGGUACAACCAGCAGCCCGUCAGUGAGACAGAUUCCUCAGACGGCAACCAGCAUGGGGGAAGCAAUUCCAUUGUGACCACCCAGACCAUCUUGCACCAUGCUUCUUCCCCUGGCCUGUGCUCAGUUAGUUCUGCAGGAGAUGCAAAGCUGAUCUCCGCUCCUGGGGGCUCUCUCCCCCCAGUUAGCACCCUGACAGCCCUGCACAGCCUAGAGCAGAACCACACCCUGAGCCAGCAAACCCAGAACCUCAUCAUGGCAUCACUCCCAGGUGUCAUGGCAAUUGGGCCGGGAGACACGUCUUCGCUCACACCAGCCUUCACCAACACAGGGGCCUCCACUCUGGUCAUCGGCUUGGCCUCCACUCAGCCCCAGAGUGUCCCAGUGAUCAACAACAUGGGCAGCAGCCUCACCACCCUGCAGCCAGUCCAGUUCUCCCAGCAGCUGCACCCAUCGUACCAGCAGCCCAUCAUGCAACAGGUCCAGGGCCAUCUCAACCAGAGCCCUUUCAUGGCCACCAUGGCCCAGAUCCAGGCACCUCACGCUCUCUACGGCCACAAACCAGAGAUGGCUCAGUACGCCCACACUGGGCUGCUGCCGCAGACCAUGGUGAUCACAGACACAGCCAACCUCAGCGCCUUGGCCAGCCUGACGCCAACCAAGCAGGUGUUCACAUCAGACUCUGAGGCACACACAGAGUCUGGGAUGCACACGCCCCCCGUGCAGGCUUCCACCAUACACUUACAGAACCAAGAUGCCACCAUCCAGCACCUCCAGCCCAGCCAUCGACUCACCUCUAGCCCUGCUGUCUCCUCCAGUAGCCUGGUGCUCUACCAGAGCUCCGACUCCUCCAACAGUCACAGCCACUUGCUGCCGUCCACUCAUGGUGUGAUAGAGACUUUUAUCUCCACCCAGAUGGCCUCUUCCACCCAGUAGCCUGAUGACCACCCAAGGACCCAAAAUGCAGAGAAGCCUCAUUCGCAGCUGCCACCACCCGCUGAUGUCUGCCUGCCUGCCUAUGAUGGAGGGAGCAGCCAGCCAGGGGGCCUUUGUUCUCCUCCAGGACAGUGUGCAUACACACACACCCUUGUUCCACACCCCAAACCCUCCUCAAGAGGUGAAAAUAUGCGCACAAGGAACGGAACGGACCUCCUUCGAAGGUGGUGGACUCUCCUUUGUUGGAGGUUGACUGGCCAUCUGUCAGGGAUUCUUUAGCCAUGAUUCUUAGGUUGAACUAGAUUAGCCUCCUCUCAAACUCAACUGUUUUAUGAAUGCCAAGAGGAACUUUGUGUCUUUUCAAACAAGAGAGGAACGUCUGGCUGGCCCAUGCUCUUUGACUGCCUUCAGGACAGGACUGCAAUAGAAGCUGCAGCCCAGCUUAGACCAGGCAAGAGCCAGCCAGCCCUGCAGGCAGAAGCAAGGAGGGCUUGGCUCCGGCGGCAGCGAGAGACAUGUGUCCUAUACAUUUCUGCCGACAGGUUGAAGCUUCAGGCAGACCCUGUGCAGGUAGGCGCAUCUUGGUGCAAAAUGAGAAAGAAAAUCAUCCUCUUACUCAUUGUUCCUGCCGAUCAUCAAGAUACAAGCUUGUCCGGGGUCAAGCAAAUGUCCUUGAGGAGGAAACUCAGGAGCUCAGCCAGGCCACGAAGCCAACGGGUCAGAGCCAGAGACUCUAUAAAGUCUCCUGCUCAUCGGCGUGAGAAAAUAGGACUUUGGCUCUUGGCAGCCACAGAUCGCCUUACAGGAGCCACGUGUGACACCUUUGCAGGAAAAGGGAGGGAAAAGAGAGGCCCAGCUUCAGCUGUGAUUUCUGCAAUGUUGGACUAGAUGAACUUGCUCUAAAAUAGUCUUUAAUGGGAAGAACGUAUGAUACAGGAAGCAUUUUCAGAA